AUGCCUCAUUCCACUGCCGACCCUAGACAAAGUCCUCGACACCUGUCCGAUAUCAUCGGCGUGUAUCCUAACUAUGAUCAUGAUUGUGUGGGAAUGGCUGUGACCCAAGGCCGACGGUGUCGGCUCAGCACGAAUGCUAUGAAUCGAGCACAUGCCAGUCGGCUUCUUGACGAAGGCACCCGCCUCAUACAACUAGGCCAACGGAACAUUGACAACAUUUUGGAAGCGUUGGCUCCCUUGCUUCUCUGCAGACGCUGGCAUCAAAACCAAGCAGCCGACGUCGUGCGCGAAUGGUCAAAAAAGGUGGAGAAAGAUCAAAGGAGAUCUCAAAACGCUACUACUGGUUCUGUUACUUCCCCUGCUAGGAGUCAACAGUCCGGUGGCAGGGAAUCCCUAGCCCGAGAAUCAAGGGAAUUGCGUAAUCCGUCUAGCUUUACCACGGACGCUCGAUUUUCAUCGUCACCGUACACGAGCCCAGAAGACCUUCCAGAUAACAUCCAAGUAUUGUUUCGGCUACUGCAAAGAGUAUCUCAAACAGCACCUGUAUCACCCAAUGCUUCAUCGAGAACUGAGAGCACGGGUCGUUCACUGUCAUCAGCAGAGCCCGUUGUUGCAAGAAAUGAGCGCACAUCGAAUGCAACUCGGCAAAGCAGUGGGCACUCAUUAGAGCGACAAAGAACACUAAGAGAGGCAGUGACUAGCUCUCAACAGACUAUAGAAAUCGACCGAGGCAUGAACCCUCCAUCUCAAUCAUUGAGAGUAGCUAGUACGCGAAAUACUACCGAAACGCCAACCACAGCCCAACAGACUAGUUCUCAAGAACCAGUCGCAUCUCCAUCAACAACAGAAACAUCAAACCGCCAACGAAGGCAACAGGUCCCGACAGAACGAAGAGAAGUAGUUCGCAAACCCAUUGAAGGAGAAUGCCAUAUUUGUUUCUUGUCAUUGCGAGAUAUUGAAGAACCGGCAGCACAAGAAGAGGAGGAGGCGGAGGAAGAACAACCCCACGCAGACAACACAGCGACCACUGAGUCUGUAUCAAAUGAUCCAAAAGAACUGGUUUGGUACAUAGCUCCCGCGUGUUACGAUAUCAGAAACUUGUAA